AUGGCGGCGCACCGAGGCGGCGGCGGCUGGUUCCGGGCUUUGGCCGUUGGGGUCACGCUGCUCAAACUGCUCCUUAUGCCGACCUAUCGUUCCACAGAUUUUGAGGUGCACAGGAACUGGCUGGCCAUCACCCAUAGCUUACCGGUGUCCCAGUGGUAUUAUGAAGCGACUUCCCAGUGGACACUGGACUACCCUCCUUUCUUCGCUUGGUUUGAAUACGUGCUUUCGCACGUUGCCAAAUACUUUGACCAAGAGAUGCUAGUGGUCCAAAACCUCAACUAUUCCAGCCAGGCGACCAUCCUCUUCCAAAGGCUUUCGGUCAUCUUUACAGACGUGCUCUUUAUCUAUGCAGCUCGUGAAUGCUGUAAGUGUGUGAAUGGAAAGCGAGUGGGAAAAGAGACCCUGGAGAGCCCUCCCUUUGUUCUUGCCGUCCUCCUCCUGUGGAACUUCGGCCUCUUGAUUGUGGAUCAUAUUCACUUCCAGUACAACGGCUUCCUGUUUGGGUUAAUGCUCCUUUCCGUUGCCCGGCUCUUCCAGAAAAGGCAUUUGGAAGGUGCUUUCCUCUUUGCCACCCUCCUGCAUUUCAAACACAUCUACCUCUACGUAGCCCCGGCGUAUGGCGUGUUCCUGCUGCGGUCCUACUGUUUCACUGCCAAUAACCCAGACGGAUCCGUGCGCUGGCGCAGUUUCAGCUUCCUUCGCUUCACUGCCCUGGGACUGAUUGUCUCUCUCGUUUCCGCCUUUUCGCUGGGACCGUUCAUCGCUCAGGGCCAGCUUUCCCAGGUCUUCUCUCGCCUCUUCCCUUUCAAAAGAGGCCUCUGCCACGCCUACUGGGCUCCUAACUUCUGGGCCGUGUACAAUGCUUUGGACAAAGCACUCUCAGUUAUAAGUCUGAAAUACAAGUUCCUGGACCCUGCAAGGAUGCCCGAGGCUUCCAUGACGGGGGGGCUUGUCCAAGAAUUCCAACACACGGUACUUCCAUCUGUGACUCCGCUGGCAACCUUGAUCUGCACUGCCGUCUCCAUGCUGCCUUCUGUUUUCUGUCUUUGGUUUAAACCCCAAGGGCCCAGAGGCUUCCUACGGUGCCUGGUUCUCUGCGCGCUGAGCUCCUUCAUGUUCGGGUGGCACGUGCACGAGAAAGCGGUGCUCCUCGCCAUCCUUCCUUUGAGCUUGCUGUCUGUUGAAAGACGGAGCGAUGCAGGCAUUUACCUGAUUCUGUCUACUACUGGGCACCUUUCCCUCUUCCCCCUGCUGUUCACAGCACCAGAGCUGCCAAUUAAAAUCCUCCUCAUGCUGCUGUUCACAGUAUUCAGCUUCUCCUCACUGAACGCCAUCUUCAGGAAAGAAAACUCUCUGCUUACGUGGCUGGAGACAAUCUACCUCACUGGGCUGAUCCCUCUGGAAAUCUUCUGUGAAAUCGUGUUUCCUUUCACCCUGUGGACGCUAAAGUUUCCUUUCCUGCCUCUAUUGCUGACCUCCGUCUACUGUGCUCUAGGCAUCAUGUAUACAUGGCUCAAAUUAUACAUCUCUGUCUUCAGGGGACCACCAGCCAUCAGGCGAAAGGAGGACUGA